GCCCCCGAGGUCUAAACAUGGCGGCUCCCUGGUACCUGCGCUGGGGCCUCUUCCGAGCCGGAGCCUGGCUGCUCCAGCCGCCCACGCGCUGCCCCCACCGGGCUCUACACAAGCAGGUAGACGGCACCGAGUUCCAGAGCAUCUACAGCCUGAAUAAGCUCUACCCCGAAUCCCAGGGCUUGGACACCGCCUGGAGGGUCCCGGAUGAUGCAAAGCAAGCCAACAGUGACAUCCCUCUAGAUCGCUUGAAAAUAUCUUACUGUCGGAGUAGUGGUCCUGGGGGACAGAAUGUUAACAAAGUGAACUCUAAGGCUGAAGUCAGGUUCCAUCUGGCAACUGCUGACUGGAUUGCAGAGCCUGUGCGGCAGAGGAUUGCCAUCUUGCAUAAAAAUAAGAUCAAUCGGUCAGGAGAGUUGAUACUCACCUCUGAAAGCAGCCGCUACCAGUUCCGGAAUCUGGCAGAUUGCCUACAGAAAAUUCGAGACAUGAUCACAGAGGCCAGCCAGACACCCAAGGAGCCAUCCAAAGAAGAUGCUCAACUUCAGAGAAUCAGGGUAGAAAACAUGAAUCGGGAAAGGCUAAGACAGAAGAGAAUUCAUUCUACCAUAAAGACAAGCAGGAGGGUAGAUAUGGACUGAAAUUACCCGCAGCUGGCAAAGACCACUCUUCAGGGCAUUGGAGCAGCUGCAGCAGAGAUGCCUUUAACACCAUGAGAAGAUUUCUUUGUUUUUGCUGCUAAUGCUUGUCUGUAACAUUGGAGCCAUCACAAGAACGUUCAUCGGAGAGUUGGAGAUACUAGGUGCAAAGGUCUUUAUAGACAAUUACCAUGUUGUCAUACCUGGGGUUAGUUAUAAUAAAAUUGUAAACUUUCA